GACUCACGCCGCGUCUCCCGCGGCCGCGGGGGCUUCUCGGGGUCCACGCACACCUUGCUCUGCCAGAACCUGAGUGGAGGCUCCCCGCGGCCCGGCCGCACCCUGUCCUGAGCCACCGGUACCAUGAUGUGGGGUGCAGGACGCUCCAUGGCCUGGUUCUCAGCUGGCUCAGGCAGUGUGAAUGUGAGCAGCGUGGACCCAGCAGAGGAACCCACAGGCCCAGCUACACUGCUGCCUUCUCCCCGGGCCUGGGAUGUGGUGCUAUGCAUCUCAGGCACCCUGGUGUCCUGCGAGAAUGCGCUGGUGGUGGCCAUCAUCGUGGGCACUCCUGCCUUCCGCGCCCCCAUGUUCCUGCUGGUGGGUAGCUUGGCCGUCGCAGACCUGCUGGCAGGCCUGGGUCUGGUCCUGCACUUUGCGGCUGACUUCUGCAUUGGCUCACCAGAGAUGAGCUUGGUGCUGGUGGGCGUGCUAGCGAUGGCCUUUACUGCCAGCAUCGGCAGUCUGCUGGCCAUUACGGUUGACCGCUACCUUUCCUUGUACAACGCCCUCACCUACUACUCAGAGACAACAGUCACUCGGACCUAUGUGAUGCUGGCUUUGGUGUGGGUGGGCGCCCUGGGCCUGGGGCUGGUUCCCGUGUUGGCCUGGAACUGCCGGGAUGGCCUGACCACGUGCGGCGUGGUCUAUCCACUCUCCAAGAACCAUCUGGUGGUUCUGGCCAUCGCCUUCUUCAUGGUCUUUGGCAUUAUGCUGCAGCUCUAUGCCCAGAUCUGCCGCAUCGUCUGCCGCCAUGCCCAGCAGAUCGCCCUCCAACGACACCUGCUGCCUGCCUCCCACUACGUGGCCACCCGCAAGGGCAUCGCCACACUGGCCGUGGUGCUUGGCGCCUUUGCUGCCUGUUGGUUGCCCUUCACUGUCUACUGCCUCCUGGGAGAUGCCGACUCUCCUCCUCUCUACACCUAUCUUACCCUGCUCCCAGCCACCUACAACUCCAUGAUCAACCCGGUCAUCUACGCCUUCCGCAACCAAGACGUGCAGAAGGUGCUGUGGGCCAUCUGCUGCUGCUGUUCCACUUCCAAGAUCCCAUUCCGGUCCCGGUCCCCUAGUGAUGUCUAGUUUCAUCCUGGUGAACCUGUGGCUUUGACUAACUAUAGAACUCCAGAAUGUUAGGUCCACCAGGGCUUAGUUCCAACCACCCUCCCCCUGCCCCAGCUCCACGCCCUUAAGACCCAGCUGGUUCUGGAGUUCUAGGACAUUGGGUGUUUUAGGAUCUUGUUCAAGAUUCCUGCAGGGGUCCAGCCCAGCUUACUGCAUGGUUCCAGAAUGUUCCAGAUGGUCAGGGUCCCACUCAGAAAUGUCUCACAGCCCAAGUGGUUUGCAAUUCCAGAAGGCUGGGAAUUUUACAAUACCAUUCCAAGUCCUUGAUCUUCCUUCCCAGAAACUUGACCUUGAUCGUGUCGCUUUUGAAUUUCGAAGCUCCAGAGUCAGAGAUUAAUCACUUAGUUGCCUAGAUGAGAGAAAGAUUUAUUAUCUCUAUAUAUGUGGACAUACAAAGAAGGUAUAUUUAUUUAUUUAUUAUUUAUUUAUUUAUACAUUUACUUAUGGGUGGUAAGGGGAAAAAAGAGACCCACACCUAGAAAUCUAGUUCAUACCAGGGUAUCCUCAGCCUUCGUGACCCCAUUUCUGACCUCAGUUCCUGGAGGGGGCGAGAUGGAAAAAGAGAAACCACGUAUUUUGUUAUUUUUGCUUAUUUUUUAUCAGAGAAAUCAUAGAGACCAGAGCCUCCUCCCAGGCCCGCACUGCUCGGGUUUGCAGGGGGAACACACCAGCCUCUGGUUUUUUAUUUUUUUAAGAAGCCAUCGCCUGAGCAACCGAGAAUUCCUCUGCGCUGAGGCCCGGCUUCCCUCUGGUGGCCAUGUGGGGGAAUUACAACCUGGCGAGUCAGUCGGGAUUGUAAAACGCACCCCCAUUUCCCACUCCAGCCUGGCUUUCAGCGCCACAGCCAUGGCCUGGGGGCCAGGCCUUACCCUGAGGUGCCCGAGAGGAGGCGGGGCAAGAGCCAGCACCCCCACCCCUCUGCCAAUCGGGUUAUGGCCCCCAGUGCAUUCCUGUUCAGCCCCCAACCCUACUCAAUAAAAAAUGUUUUUUUG